CGUUACCCUUACAUCCAUGCCAAAAUGCUUCGCAUUUCAGUUAGCAAUCAGCUAAGCUUACGUACGACCAGCUCCAGUUCCCCCAGUUCCCACAAUGGCCACCACGAAGAAAGUGACCCAGCGUCUCGCCUGCGAUUCAUUCAAGCAAUGGAUCCAGGGACUUGACGCCUUCCUUUUCGACUGCGAUGGAGUAUUGUGGCGCGGGGCUGCCCCGAUUGAAGGUGCUGCCAAUAUGAUCAACCUUUUACGCUCGCUCAACAAGCGCGUAGUGUUUGUGACCAACAACGCCACUAACAGCCGUGCCACCUACGUGAAGAAACUCGCGUCGCAGGGCAUCACCGCGGUCGAGGCCGACAUCGUCACUUCGGCGUGGGCUACGGCGCAGUACAUGAAGCAGCACAAAAUUGAGGGCAAAGUGUACAUCGUCGGUGAGGCCGGUCUCAAGACCGAACUGGAGUUGGAGGGCUACAAGGUCAGUGGCUUGGAGCACAGCGACAUCAAGGGUCUCCCGCACGUGCCGGAUAUCGACAUGGAGACGAAGGCGGUUGUCUGUGGCUUGGACAGAUACUUCACCUACUACAAGAUGGCGUACGCUACGGCAUGUGUGCGUCAGAUCCCUGGCUGCCACUUCAUUGGCACCAACCCUGACUCCACGUAUCCGACGGAUGGCGCCAUUAUCCCGGGCGGAGGCUCCCUCGUUCACAUGCUGGAGUGCUCUAUUGGCCACCCCCCUGAAGCCGUGUGCGGUAAGCCUUCGCAAGAUCUGCUGCAGACCAUUGUUGCCACGUACAAGUUGGACCCCUCGCGCACGUGCAUGGUGUGAAAGCUGCAAUUUGCAAUACUUAGUGACCUGCGCUGAGCUUGUUCCGUGUCAAUUUCACAAAUAGGUUGGUGACCGUCUUUCGACGGACAUCGAGUUUGGCAAUGCUGGUGGCCUCCACACGUUGCUGGUGCUGACUGGAAUCACGCACGAAUCGGAGCUGGGCAGCAUCGAAAACGCCCUCCACGUGCCUGACCACUACGUCGAUUCGGUUGAUGUGAUCAACCAGCUCCACGCCGAGACGCUUGAGAAUUAAAAUUGGUCUCUUGUGUGAUCUGUUGAUCGAACUCAAUUCAAUAGACGCAGUGUGAUCGACUUUAGUAUUUUCAGGUGCUUUCAAGUUGAGUUCACAGCAUCAACACUGAGUUUUAUUGAUACAACUAAUUUCACGUCGUGGUUGGUAUAUUACACUAUGAACACCCUGGUUUAUACUGACGGUGA